AUGGCAAGUUACGAAUUACUAUGUUUUGGUUCCAAUGGGAAUGGCCAAUUGGGUGUAGGACACGAUGAGGACUUGAUGCUGCCUCAAUUGAGCUUUCAAAGUGAUGGUGUUGGUAUUAAAAAAGUGUCAUGUGGGGGCAACCAUUCGCUACUAUUAUUAGAAGAUGGGUCGUUGUAUUGGUGUGGCGAUAACUCUUCUGGUCAAUGCGCUUCCAGUGACAUUAAAAUAAGUCUCGAAUGGAUCCCUAUUCCAGGGAAAUUUCUCGAUAUUGCAUGUGGUUGGGAAGUUACUAUAGUUAUUGAUGAGGAUGGCUGGGUUAAAACCCGUGGAAGGGGUGAUAAAGGCGAAUUAGGGGUACCUAGGUUGAAACACAGUACAGAAUGGAUUGAUCUGUUCCGAUGUGAAGAUCCAAAAGGCUCCCGAUGUUAUGCAACUUUCCAGCAUUGCGUAGUGGUUGUUCCGGAGAAGAUAUACGGAUGGGGCAAUAAUAGGAAGCUACAAGUGUGUGACGACUCAGCCUUGAAAAUCAUUGAGGAACCAAAGGUGAUUUAUGAGGGGGAUACGUCUGAUAUCGAGAUGGCUUUAGGAAAGGACUUUACCUGUGUACUUUCCAGAACUGAAAAUAAAUUAAUUAUAAAAGGGUCAUUAGCAAAAGAACUUCCCGAAUUGAUAUCACAGUUGUCGCAUGAUUUCGGAUCAAUUGCCAAGAUUGACUCUAUGUGGUCCUCGUUACACAUUCUUACUGGUGAACGAAAGCUUAUAUCCAUUGGACGAGGUUCUCAUGGCCAGUUUUUGGAAGAACCUCUGCCUUCAGAAACUCUGGAUUUUGUUACUGGUAGUGAGCAUGGGGUAGUAACUACUGCUGACAUGAAAGUAUAUUGUUGGGGCUGGGGAGAGCACGGUAAUUGUGGGUCUUUAUUCAAGACAGAGACAAAUCCGAUCAAUGACAAGAGUAACGUUAUCAGCCCCCUUAAUAUGAUAGGAAAAUACGAAAAAGUUGUUAGCAUCUUCGGAGGAUGUGCGACCACAUGGUUAGUGUUGGUUACGUGA